UUGAACGUUUAUGUGCUUUCAGAUAAGAUUACACUCGUAAACUUGAAAUUCCAAAUUUUUUAAAAUUAAUUGAGAUAAUUCGAGUGAAACAUUCUAAACUAAUUAAAAUAAAUUAUUCAAAGGAACAAAUUAAUAGUAGUAUGGAAAGCAAAAUUUUUACUUUGGAUCAAUUAAUCGAUGUGGCUCUGAAUACUCCAGAAGUAGGAGUAGUAAACUUUAAAGUCCUUCGAACCAUUUUAAAAGUGAUUGUUAGAGAGCUCGAUAUUCAUGAUAUCAGAGCAAGAGUUUUAGUAAAGGAUCUCCAAGAUACCGCUUGCUUCUUUACAAGCGCGCCAAAUAUUUUUAAGAAGCACAAAAAAUCUGAUAUUAUUUCACCUGCUGGAUCAAAAGACAUUUUACAGCAAUCUUCAAUGAUGGGAACGGUUGUUAAAUAUGAACGGCAGAUGAUAAUUUCUGAUGACCAUGAAUCUUCGUUAAACAUGCAGGAACUUGAGUACGAAGAGGAUGGAUUAAAUGAAGAAAUGGAAUCGCUUCAAAUUGAAAAUGCUACAAAUAAAGCUGUGUUAGAAGAAGAAUCAAGUGUAAAAUCUGGUAUUUCAAACUUGGAAGAAAUAGAUUUUUCAACAAAAACUAAUAUUAAAGAUUGUUCUGUAAUGGAAGAAGAAUCUCUUAAUGAAAUAGACGAACAUGAAAUCGAAACCAUUUCUUCGGAACAAACUAUUCGUGGCAUAAAUGAUGCUAAAAUUUCUGAUAAAUCUUUUGAAGAGCCAAAAACUUUUAAUGUAGAGUAUGAGAAAAAAAUUCCUAGCAAAGAAUCGAGUGAUGUAUUAUCCGAUACUUACUGUUCUGGACGGAAGUGGAUGGUUGGAAACAUGUGGCAAAGUAUGAAUUUUUCGAAACGCAUUGAUGCUAUGGAAUCUGGCAUCGAUAAGAUUGUAAGCGUGUUAGAUAUCCAUGCCAGAACUAUAGAUAAACAAAGAAGAGAUUUUGAAAAAAAGAAGAAGGAAAAUGAAAGAAUAUUUAAUGAAGUCGAAAAGCAUAUGAUGAGUGUGGCAGAGUGGUUUAAUGUAGUCAAUGAAAAGCUACAAGAAAUUGUAAUAAAGAAAGAAUAUCUCGAAAUGAAAGACUAUGUGGAGAAACAUUUAUCAUUAAUUAACGAACAACUGACUGAACAUUCUCAAAUAAUUGACAAGAUUGAUAAAAUUGUGGAUGGUGAUAAGCGAUUAGUGGACGCUUAUGAGUUAUUGGAUGUAACUUACGAUCGUAUCAAGUUUUUAGAGGAUAACACUGGAUUUACAAGUCAUCACGAGAGAGGCUAUGACUUAGCUACACUUGGAAAUUUAUUUGAUGAAUUUGUACAAAAAGCUAAUCCAAUUAUCAAUAAAUUUGGAAAAGAUUUAGAAUUGGAUGAAAUGGAUAAAGCCAAUAUAAUGGAACAAUUAAUGAAUGUUCAUCUCAACAUCAAGCAAGUUACUGUUGAAAAUAAAACAAUGAACGAAAAUUUCUCUGUAUUUAAGGAUGAAUUCAGUAAACAAAACGAAAAUAUUAAAAUAUUAAUGGAUUAUUAUGAAAGAGGAUUUACGCCCGAGGAUAAAGAAGAAUUUCAACUUGUUCAAUCAAGAUUAAAAGAUAUUGAAAAAGAUUGUCAACGAUUUAUAUUAAUUGAGGAAUUGCAGAGUAGCAUAAGUAUGUUGAAAGCCAUGAAAGCUAAUAAAAUUGAAGUAGAUAAUGCAUUAGCUAGCAAAGCGGAAAUUAAAGACGUAGAAGGCAAAGUAAACAAAGAAGAAUAUGAAAAUAUGGUAAAAGACAUCAACAAAAGCAUGCAUGAAAUAAUAUCAAGUAUUACGAAUCAAGAAGAAGUAUUAAAUAAAACGAGUAGUAUUUUGAUUGAACAAUUAGAUAAUAAGUCAGAAAAAGCGGAAGUAGAGAAUCUCUCUACAAUGAUAGAAAAUAAGUUAAAAGGUUUAGCGAUCAGAAUGAAACAGCUUCAAUCUUUUAUGGAAUGGGAAACUCCUAUACCAGCAGGAACAAAAACGCACAUGGCAAAAUGCAUAUCGUGUGAAAGGCCCGUGAAGAAGGCGCCUAGCUUCUUGAAGAGCACUCCUGCAUCUUUAAAGUCAGACUUCAAAUUAAAUAUGAAGCCAACCCAAAUCAUUCGUAUUGACAAUACAAAUUAUGCUUCCCCACAUGAAUGUGAUCACAUAAAACGACCUACUGGAGGACCACAUACGAUUAUUGAUCCAGAUAUGAAAGGACAAAAGUUACCUGAAAUUCGAGAUGAAUUAAUUUAUGCUGAAAAAUACAGAGAAAAAGUACUUAAAAUUUCACAAAAAACAUCUUAAGAUUGAAAUUGUUUGAAAGUAUAAAGAAAAAUUAAAUUAAUGAACAUACCAACAAAAUUCAAAUUUAUCUUUUUAAAAAUGGAAGAAUUGAACACAUUUAUCUAAUUUUGAA